AUGAACAGAGAAGAAGCCAUUUCUGCUGAUUCUGUUGCAUGUGUCAGUGUUCUCAUGGGAUGCACUGAUUUGCAGGCUAUUGAUCAAGGCCUUUUUAGAACAGGGAUGAGACAUGACCUUGUUUCAUGGACUGCGUUACUUUCAUCUUAUGCAAAGCAUGGAUAUAGUGAAGUAGCUUUAUUGUGUCUUGUUAGAAUGCUCAAAGAUGGGUUCAAACCAAACCAAUUUACUCUGGCAAGUGCUUUAACUGCUGCUUCUAGAGCAACAUCAACACAAACUGGGAAGGUACUUCAUGCUCUUGUUAUAAAAACAGGACUAGACACCAACACUUCUGUUGGUAGUGCUCUUAUAGACAUGUACUCAAAAUGCGGAGACAUUGGGAGUGCAAUCAGUUACUUCAAAGGGUCUUCAAAGUGUGAUAUUUUCUCAUGGAAUGCCUUGUUAACAGGACAUGCUCAGCAUGGAAAUGUGACUGAGCUUCUGAGCAUUUUUGAGGAAAUGCUCAAUCAUGAGCUGAAGCCUGAUAGCAUUACAUUUCUUGCUAUUCUUAAUGGUUGCAGCCAUGGUGGUUUUGUUGACAAGUUGUUGCACUAUUACAACAUGAUGCAAGAUAAGUAUGGUAUCAGACCAAAGGUCGAGCACCGCACCUGUGUUGUUGAUGCUCUCAUUCGUGCUAAUCUGUUCAAAGAGGCAGUAAACUUUAUCCAGGGAACCGGGUGCAAAGCUGGUCCUGAAAUACUGAGGGUUUUCAUCAGUUCUUGUGCAACUGCAGGGCUUGUUCAGUUAGGUUUGGCCGCAGCUGCAAGGAUGGUUGUUUCAGGUUUAACCAAUAAUUCAGCUCAUGUGCUGUUGUCUAAUCUAUAUGCACUUGAUGAGAAAUGGAUUGAUGCAAGACGGAUCAGAGAAGCAGCACAAACCGAUCAUACAUACAUCAAAGAAGCUGGUAAGAGUUGGAUUUCAUGUUAA